AUGCUUCAAAAAAAAUUGGAAGAUUGUAAUUCAUCAAUAGAUCCAAUUCAUUCGCAAUUAAUUGAUGACAAAUCGAAUAAAUCGCAAAGAAUUGAACAACAUUAUGCUAUUAAUGAUGAAAAUACUGAAGUUUUAAUUAAUUCGGAUAAUGAAGAAGAAUUUAGUUCAAGCGAACUUAGUGACGAUGAAGAAGAAGAAGAAGAAGAAGAAAAUAUGUCUAGUGAAAAUAGUUUUCAAAAAGGUAAAAUAAUAUUUAAAAAAAAGAAAAUUUUAAUUAAUAUCAUUCAAGCAUUGAAUCAAUGUAAUUGUCCAAUUAAUUUACAUAAUUUAUUGAAUACAACUCAAAAUGUUAGUGUCACUUUUAAUCAACCAGAAAGUCUUGUAGAGGUGAUUCAAAUGAAUAAUGAUCACAUGAUUGCACAAGCAAUGGCUGUUCUUGCUGCUAAAUAUCGACCUACAAAACCUUUUGAUUCUCCUCCAACUGAAAGUGAAAUUCUAUCUUUUGUUGGUCCAUGUCCAUUAUAUUCUUUGGCAUCUUCAUUUGGUCUUGAUAUGCAUCAUGGUCUUUCUCAUUUUCCUUGUCGAGAUAUAUUUGUUGGUGGUCGAGGUCAUAUUUCAACUCGUCCACUUUGGCAACAUUUAACAUCAUCUCAUAAUUUAAAUCUUUCAUCAUCAUCUCUUCUUAUAUCUCAUAUUCUUCUUCAUGAUUAUUCAUUACCAAGUCCAAUAUUAUUUAAUUCACAUAAUACAAAAAAUAUUCUUCGUACAACACCACGUUAUUCAUUAAUCAAAAAAUGUCCUUUAACUACUUAUGGUGUUUAUGGUAUUCGAUAUGAACAUGGUACACGUUUGUGUUCUGGUUAUACAUAUAAUACGAAUAUUUAUUUACAUUUAAUAUCAUUUCAUAAGAUGACACAUAAUGCAUCAUUAUGUUUAUCACGUGCUAUUGCAUUUAAUGAUAAACAAUUUAAAUUUGAAUGCAAUGAAAUGAUUGUUAAUGAAUCUAUAAAAUGUCCUUUAUUGAAAUCAUGUCAAAUAAAAAAAACUCCUCGAUUAAUUCAUCAUCAAUGUCAUCUAUUUAAAAAAUUUAUUAAAAAAAAACCGGUGAAAAAUAUUUUAAAAUAA